UUAAAAAGCUGCCCCUCCCCCGGUUUUACUUCGGGAAUCCCCAAUAACAACGUGGUGGGAAAAAUAUUUUGGCUUUUCUGCUGUUUCUCCCGGCCUGUGUCAUCUCAGUGAUUAAUUCGUUUCGAACCACUCCAGCAGGACAUUCCAGCCCCACAGCUGUGAUGGACGACCUGCAAUUGAGCCAAGACUCAUUCCGUGAGCUCUGGGAGAGUGUCGUGACCCCAUCCAUUUCUACCAUUCCAACCGUGAAUGAUGUUGCUCCUGAUUCUUGGAGGGGAGAUGGAAACAUGGGCAUGCUGCUAAUUCCUGAUCAUGAACUUGCAGAGGGGUUUGAUGAGAAGCUGUUUGAGCUGACCCCUGAACUAACCUCCAAUGAGUAUGUAACCCCCCCUGCCUGUACUGUCCCGGUGACCACUGACCAUGCGGGGGACUACGGCUUCAAGCUCCGCUUUCAUAAAUCUGGAACGGCCAAAUCUGUCACCUCCACGUACUCGGAGACCCUCAACAAGCUGUACUGCCAGUUGGCAAAAACCAGCCCCAUCGAGGUGUUGGUGUGUGCGCAGCCUCCUCAGGGAGCUGUCCUCAGGGCCAUGGCUGUUUAUAAGAAGAGUGAGCAUGUGGCGGAAGUCGUCCGCAGAUGCCCCCACCACCAAAAUGAGGACGCUGCUGAGCAUCGCAGCCAUCUGGUCAGAGUUGAGGGCAGCCAGAGAGCUCAGUACUUUGAGGAUAGUAAUACAAAAAGGCAGAGUGUUACUGUCCCAUAUGAGCCUCCGCAGCUCGGGUCAGAGAUCACCACUAUACUGCUGAGCUUCAUGUGCAAUAGUUCAUGCAUGGGUGGCAUGAACCGCCGGCCCAUCCUCACCAUCCUGACCCUGGAGACGACAGAGGGUGUGGUUCUGGGCCGGCGGUGCUUCGAAGUCCGAGUGUGCGCCUGCCCAGGCAGAGACCGAAAAACAGAGGAGGAAAAUCAUUCCAAACAAGAAACCGGCGCUAAACGCACCAAAAAACGCAAGACUGAACCUGCUCCGGACUCGACUUCUCUGAGGAAAAUUCGAUCAGCUUCCAGCGCCGAGGAAGAUGAUAAGGAGAUGUUUGUUCUCCAAGUUCGUGGGCGCGAACGUUAUGAGAUGCUGAAGAAGAUAAAUGAUGGUCUGGAGCUGCUGGACAAAGAAAGCAAAACAAAGGUUAAGCCUAAAUCGGAGUUGCCAACCCCCUGCUCUGGAAAGAGACUUCUUCAAAGAGGAGAAAGGAGCGACAGCGAAUGAGACACCUGACAGUUUUUAUAGUUUUUUUUUUUUUUUUGGUUUUUUUUUUUUUUCCCGUUUUAGCAGUAAUAGUUUAGCAAAUGUUAUGAUCUAAUGACGACACCACUGCCGUUCGAAACUGUAAAUUAAGCUUGAAUUUCCAUCACUGUUGUAAGUUUCACAAUCACGGGUCCAUGUUUGGAGGAACUCGAUCAGUGUUAAUGUGCUGACACUUGAAACAAAGAGAAAAAAUUAGGGAACAGACAUGAACAGAUUAAAAUGCAAUCGUGCCUCAUCAUGUCUUUUUUUUUUUUUUUUUUUUUUUCCAAAUUGAAGUUUGCGUCACAAACGUCUGUAAGUUGCGAUUCCCUUUUUUGUUUGUCUGUGGCAUCACCUCUUAAAGUAUUCUUGCUGAUCCAGGGAACGCUUAUUAAUCAUGAUGUGUUAAAAUAAAUCUUACUAGACUUGAUCGAUGAGGGGUCGGCUGGUUCACCCUGAGAUGAUGCAUCUGACUUUAGGAGCAAAUUUUACAUAGAAACGACAGGAAUGAGCAGCACAGUUUUACCACAGUAGGGCCGCAACUAAUGACUAUCCCUGUAGUUGACUACUAUAAGGAGUAGUCAGAUUACAAACUGCAAAAAAAAAAAAUCAAAACAGUGUCUCUUAUUUAUAUUCUUUGCUGCACUAAACUACUUUAGUGUCUGUGACUGGAUGUUUGAAGGACAGACUGGGGUUUUUAUUCCACAUUGUCACUUAAUUGGAAGAACCGUAUCGAUUGCUGUCGGCC